AUGAUCUCCGGCAUCCUCAUCUUCAACCAAAAGGGCGAAAACCUCAUCUUCCGCGCCUUCCGCAACGACUGCCGUCCCCGCCUCGCUGACAUCUUCCGCAUCCAAGUCAUUUCGAAUCCGCAGGUGCGCUCGCCCAUUUUGACGCUCGGCUCGACCACCUUCAGCCAUGUGAAACACGAGAAUAUAUACUUGGUCGUGGUGACCAAGAGUAAUGCCAAUGCCGCGCUCGUCUUUGAGUUUCUGUAUCGCUUCAUACAGAUGGGAAGGGGGUAUUUUGGGAAGUUCGAUGAGGAGGCGGUUAAGAAUAAUUUUGUGUUGGUGUAUGAGCUAUUAGAUGAGAUCAUCGAUUUUGGUUAUCCGCAAAAUACAGAACUCGAUACCUUGAAGAUGUACAUCACGACAGAAGGCGUUCGGUCAUCCAUUGCGAACUCGGCUUCUGACUCCAGCAGAAUCACAAUGCAAGCCACAGGUGCUCUUUCAUGGCGACGAGCAGAUAUCAAAUACCGAAAGAACGAGGCCUUCGUCGACGUGAUCGAGGACGUCAACCUACUCAUGUCGGCCACUGGAACGGUCCUGCGCGCCGAUGUCCACGGUCAAAUCGUAAUGAGGGCAUAUCUCACAGGCACUCCCGAGUGCAAGUUUGGGCUGAAUGACAGAUUAUUGCUCGACGGGGGCGACACGGUGCCUGCAGGCAAUCGUGAUGGUCGGACAAAGGCAACUCGUGCAGCUGCAGGUUCCGUCACGUUAGAGGAUUGUCAGUUCCACCAAUGUGUGAAGCUAGGUCGGUUCGACGCCGACCGCACUAUUUCCUUUGUGCCACCGGACGGGGAAUUUGAGCUAAUGCGCUACCGUGCCACUGAAAAUAUCAACUUGCCAUUCAAAGUGCACCCGAUUGUGCGAGAGAUAGGCACAACCAAGGUCGAGUACAGUGUUGCUAUCAAGGCCAACUACGGACCGAAACUGUUUGCUAGUAAUGUUGUCAUCCGCAUUCCUACGCCGCUCAACACGGCCAAGAUCACCGAGCGCACGACGCAGGGCAAAGCGAAAUAUGAACCGGAGCAGAACAAUAUUGUCUGGAGGAUUGCGCGCUUCACUGGUCAGAGUGAGUUUGUUCUCACGGCAGAGGCCACGUUGACAAGCAUGACGCAUCAAAAGGCAUGGAGCCGGCCGCCGCUGAGCCUCUCGUUUAAUCUGUUGAUGUUCACGAGUAGUGGCCUGCUUGUUAGAUAUCUCAAGGUGUUUGAGAAAAACAACUACAGCAGCGUCAAGUUCUAA